GAAACAGCGUGGUGAAGGACGACCGGCUGGCUGACAGGGAUCUGAUAGCAAGGAAGCCGCGGAGAGAGGAGCCUCGUGUCCCGGGCUGUCACCGAAAGAAACUCAAGUCGGUUUUGAAGAGCCCUGAAAAGCAGCGAUGGAUCAAGCAAGGACGACGAUAUCCAAAAUUUUUAAUGGGGAGCCGCACUCCUACACACGAUUCAACCUGACCCAGAACAUGGAGGGCGACAACAGCCAGGUGGAGAUGAAGCUGUCGUCCGACGUGGACGAGGAGGUCGGUGGAAACGGCGUCGGAGAUCACCUCAAUCACAACUCCAACCGCAAACCCUACGUGGCUCAAAAGUUGGGACGCACGCCCAAGAACCUCUGCUUCGUGGCCGUUGCUACCUUCCUCAUCUUUGUCAUCGGGUACCUGAUCGGCUACCUGGUUCACCGGAACAAGGAUGUGUCUCCCAUCUGUCCCGCCGCUGUUUUCCGUGCCGAAGAGACUGCUGUUCGUGGUGAGACAGGCGCCGCCCCCCUCAUGGACUGGGACGACGUCAAACAGCUCCUCGCUCAAAAGCUCACUGCAUCCAAAUUAGAUUCCGUCUUCAGUGACUUUUCUAGCACUGAGCACCGGGCUGGCUCUGCCGGUGACGAAGGUCUGGGAAACAAGGUGCUCAAUAGGUUUAAAGAGUACGGAAUGAAGACCUGGACCGAUGAGCACUUUGUCAAGGUUCAGGACCCCCCGACGUCCGGCUCCAACAAAUUUGUUUUCAAGAACAAUCCGGAGGAGCGUCCAAGCGGAUUCCUUUCCUACAGCGCUACUGGAAAAACAACGGGUGCGGUGCUGUAUGCCUACUACGGGCGGGAAAGUGACUUCAGGAUGCUGCGGGACAAGAGCAUCAACAUGAACGGCAGAGUCAUGCUGGUCAGAGCUGGUAGGAACAGCUUUGCAGAGAAGGUAGCCAAUGCUGCCAAAAUGAACGCCUCCGCUGUGCUGAUCUACCCAGAUCCCAGUGAUUACUCUAUCGGAGACACCACUCAGCUGUUCGGACACGUCCACAUGGGCUCCGGGGACCCCUAUACCCCAGGCUUCCCCUCCUUCAACCACACCCAGUUCCCUCCUGUGCAGUCUUCAGGCUUGCCAAAAAUCCUGGCUCAGACCAUCACACAAAGCAUGGGCAACACCAUUCUGAGGCAGCUCACCGGUCAGAAUCUGCCCGACGGGUGGGAUGGCUACAACAGACUCGGAGACGAAGGUGACACCCUAACUCUGGAGGUCAACAACGUUCUCACCGAGAAAAAAAUGAACAACGUCUUCGGGGUGAUCAAAGGCUUUGUGGAUGCAGAUCGAUAUGUGGUCAUCGGCGCUCAGAGGGACGCCUGGGGUCCGGGCUUCGCUGCGUCAACCGUUGGCACCAGCGUCCUCGUUGAGUUGGCCCGUUCCAUCUCAGACAUGGUGAAGAACGAUGGAUUCAAACCGAGGAGGAGCAUCGUGUUUGCUUCCUGGAGUGGUGGGGAAUACGGGAGUGUUGGUGCCACCGAGUGGUUGGAGGGAUAUCUGUCUUCACUGAGCAUGAAAGCCUUCUCCUACAUCAACCUGGAUGGCAUCGUAACAGGUCAGAGUGGGUUUAAAGUAGCAGCCAGUCCCUUGAUGUACAGCCUGAUUGAAAAGACUCUAAAAGAGGUGAAGUCCAACAAGGCCGUGUCUCUGUCUGCUCAAUUUGCAAAGAGCAACUGGGAAUCAAAUGUGUUGGAGCCUCUCAGGAUGGAAAAUGCUGCAUAUCCUUUCCUUGCCUUCUCUGGCAUUCCUUCAGUCUCAUUUAGAUUCACCACUGGUGUUUCUGACUACCAGUACUUUGGCACCCUGCAGGACACCCGGGACAAACUGAACCGAGUCACAUCCAGCCAGGUUCCUCAGCUGGCUGAAAUGGCGGGCCGAUUUGCAGGUCACAUGGCGCUGAGGCUGGUCCACGACCACCUGCUGCCGAUGGACCUGAGGAAGUACGACUCUAUCAUACGUUACAACGUGGCUCAGAUCAACGGGAAGGUCAAGAAUGUCCAGAGGGUGCAGCCCCAGCUGUUGCCCAAAGCCCUGACGGUGCAGUGGUUGAACUCGGCCUCUGGCUCCUACAGUCGAGCAGCUCGCAGCCUGGCAACAGACAUCACCAACAGCGACCUGGAGGACAUCCAGAUGUGUCGCAUCAUCAACGACCGCAUCAUGACCGUGGAAAGGAACUUCCUGUCACCGUACGUUUCUUCUAAAGAGAGUCCUUUCCGCCACAUCCUGCUGGGCUCCGGCCCUCACACCCUCAAAGCUCUGUCCACCCACCUGGACGCUCUCAGGACGGACAACCCCGAGGCCGACGCCGACCUGUUCCGCAACCAGUUCGCCCUGGCGACCUGGACCAUCCAGGGCUGUGCCAACUCGCUAGCAGGAGACAUCUGGUCUUUGGAUAAUCAAAUCUAAAAUUAAGUCAUUUCCCUCCCUUCCUCCUCCUCCUCCUCCUCCUCCCUCCCUUGUUCACGGUGUGGCCCACUUAACUGAAAACCAGUUCGCUGUCGUAGCCGACAGCUUUUAAAAUUAAAUCACGAGAUGAUAAAAGAGGAGCUACAUCUAAAAGCAUCACCUCAUCAUUUUCAUUUCAUCGAGCUGCUUCAUCUCCCACAUUUCAGACAUCGUCCGUAAAGCCAAACAAUAAUGAUCAAAUGUGCAAAAGCCUUAACAGAAAAAAAAAGAGAAGUUUAAUUCUUUAGUUUGACCACGUGACACUUAAACGUCACGACCUUAAAUGCUUCGGUGCUAAUACCAACUACCUUCACACGCCCGUGUUACGCGGCAGCACUACUUCAACCGGCAUUACCCUCCGAGUGAGUUUGAAUGUUAUUUCCUCGUAUCAGGUCGUACCCGUUAAAACCCAGAAGGCCAGUAUGACAGCGAGCUACCAACUCCCCAUUUGUUUACCACGAUCAUCAGGCUGGUGUCGACGCUGCAGCUGAGCCUCGUGUUCAAACCUGAGCCGGUUUGCGUUGGUAGCUGCUGUUUCGUACUGCGCCGGGUUCUGUGAGAGAUUCAGGAGUUGCUUGGAGGACUGCAGUUUAAUUUACAGUAAUACAGUCGUGCCUCAUCGACCUCACACGGAGACUCGGGACAGUCAGCCGCUCAGCUAGAGACUCGCGCUGCAUCAAGUCUGAUUUACAUGAAAAAAAUAAAAAAGAAGUGUUGAAAUGAUUUGAAGUAACCGCCUCCUGGCAUCAGAGCUAAUCUGUGUUGGCCUUUCAAAAAAGAAAAAAAAAGAAAAACAAUACAAGCAAGGGAGACGAUCUCCAACCACGUGGCACUGAAACAGAAACCGUAUGUCUAUUUAUUGUGUUAUUUAUUUAUCAGUGGCAGGGUUCACUAUAAAUAGUUUUUUAUCGCCUUUUAUAAAAAAAAACUAAUAAAUAAAGUAUAAUUAUCGGGAGCAGUGCCUUCCAUAAUUAUGACAGUUAUACUGUCGAAAUGACAAAAGCAGCAUCUGCUUAAAGAAGUGUACAUGACGACCGACGGCUGGUACCGAACACAAACAGAACAGAAUGAAAACAACAACUUUAACUGACACUGGACCGGUCUAACAAUGCCGGAUCACACAUCUCUCUCCCAUCCGACUGUAGUUAUCCAACACGUCUGCCGGUACCGGUCCUUCGGUCCAUGGACACUUCUCAUCCUGACACCAUUAUCGGGAGCAGUGUCUUCCAUAAUGUGGAAAAAGAAGAAGGUAGUUUUUGCCUACCAGUGUGUGUCUGUAUCGGAGGCAGUGCCCUCCAUAUUUCACUGUAGGGGUGGAUGUUUUUAUUAUCGGGGACAGUGUUUCCCAUAAUGUGUAUAUACAGUUGACAGCUUCACAGCGCUCGCAUCUCCACAAGCCGCCUUCGGUCUGUAGUUUCCCCUCAAGACGGCCCGAACCUCUGCUCGCGGAUCAGAACCCGCGAGUCGUUACGGAGGUGAAGGAGACCAUGUGGGUUUCUCUAAUCUGGUCUUGUGUCGUCUUUUCUUUGCUGCAUCUGAAGCGUGUUCCAGACGUGUUGGGAUCACUGUGGUUCCAGCGGUGUGGUCCAGUGUUUCCAUGAGAACUCUGCGUUGUAUGAGCUUCAAUGAUUCAGCCGUUGUUAGAAAGUUCUUUCUGUUCUCAUGUUCCUUCUUGAGAUUUCCUCGUGCCUUUUUGUUUUGUUUCGGGACUGCGUUAUUGAACUCUACUCGUAGUACUUUAAGAAGUUUUUGGAGGAUGAAUAUUUGGAUUGUUUUGACGUUUGUUUCUCUGUUUUUAUUUUUUUUCUCCUGUUGUCUGCUAGAAUGAAAAAGUUACUGGCGUCAAAGCCUUUAGAUGAAGUUACCAGAGGAGUGUAAGAAUCUGUGAGACUGGGUUUUAAAUGACAGUGGAUGUUACAGUACCUGACACAGCCCUCCUCUUUCCUCUGUUCAUCUGCUUAUUGUUUUCUAUUCAGAAGCCAUCCGACGCCUCCAGUAGAAAAAAAUCAAAUGUGACUUUAAUUGUUUUUAAAUGUGGACGUUGCAUUUCUAAAACUUGCUUCACAUCUGGAAAAAAAAAUGAACGUUUUUAUUUAGGAAUUGGUCUAAAAAAGUGUUUUAUUUGCAGCGAAUUUAAAUUUCUGAAGAAUAUGUUUUAAAAAUGUUCAAAACAACGAUGUGCUUUUUGUUUUUUCUCUCUUCUUGGACUGUAUACAAGUUUGCUUCGCUUUCUGUUGCUGCAAUAAACAAUCACAUCACA